AAGCCGGAAUACUACAGUAUUAUUAUCUCGAGAGAUAUUUUGCGGAACUGUCAAUAUAUCUCUACCAACGUUUCAAAGAUUCAUAUGAAUUUCCUAGCUUCAUUCCCGGUUAGUUGAUGACUUACAAUGAAGAAAGUUGAAAGGUAAUGAUUAAAGACCUGUUUUAGAUACUUAACUAACCUUUCCGUAAGUACCCAUAUAAAAGACAUCAUCAAUUAUAAAUUGACGAAGGUAUGCCUCGCCUUUCUAUUACUUUCGUUCCUCAGUCCUCAAAAUGAAGUUGCUGUGUGUACUGCUCAUCCCUUUUUACUGCCAAAAUGUGUCAGCAGGUCUACUUGGAAAUAUACUUUCCACGGUCAGUGACGUAUCAUCCAAGGUAGCCAGCGUAGCAGACUCAGCUAUCGGUGGAACCCUGUCCACCAUACAAGAAGUAACUGGUAAACCUGUGUCUCUGAACGAAAUAAAAUUCUACCUCUUUACCAACGCAAACCAAGAUGAACCUCUCAUUGUAAAUCCUUCAAAUCCGACCAGUCUCGCUGAUCCAUACGAGAAGGUGUUCUUUUUGAUACACGGCAGACAACAAAAUACUCACAGCCCAUGGAUGAGGAACCUGAGCAAAAGUUUGCUCAAGAGAUACGUAGGUUGCAAGGUCGUCCAUGUUGACUGGAGAGGUCCUGCAAAUCAGGAGUAUCCAGUGGCAGUGUUUAAUACAGAAAGCGUGGGAAAGCAUGUAGCGGACCUCAUCAAGAAGAUAAACACAGAUCACUCAGUACCAACCAGAAACAUCGUUUUAAUUGGUUUCUCACUGGGUUCCCAAGUAUGUGGCUUCACAGGGAAGUACUACACCCAACUAACUGGCACCAAACUACCCAAGAUCAUAGCUCUAGAUCCUGCCGGUGUUCUCUUCGUCCUACGACCAGAGGCUAAGAGGCUGAAUGCUAAUGACGCUACAGUUGUUCAGGUCGUCCACACAGAUGGAGGUAAAAUCGGUCUCACACAACCCUGCGGAACCAUAGAUUUCUAUCCGAAUGGCGGUAAAGACCAGCCAGGUUGUCCGCACGUUGAAGGGUUCAGCAUCAGGAGCAGCAGCGAAAAGCUCAGAUUAUUAUCGUUACGAAAUGUAGGAAAUUUGAUAUUUUCAGCCAACUGCGACCAUGAGAGAGCCUAUCAGUAUUUCCUUGAGAGUGUGGAGAACUACGGAUCUUUCGCUGCCAAGAAAUGUUACAACUUUGAGGAGGUUGGAUCCAAGAACUGUUCGGGAAAGGUUGUAGCGAUGGGAGAUUUGGACUUGGAAGAGAGUGGUGUUUUCUACUUGGAAACUAACUCUUAUGCGCCGUUCUCCAAAUCAUCCACCGAUGAAUCUUUGUUUUCGACAGUGUUCGGUGGUGACGGACAAAUAGAUAUACGAAUUCAGAAAUGAACUGUAAAUUUAUAAGUUGACUGAAUGUAUUGAUCAUUCCAUAAUUUUGUAUGGUGAUGAAUGAAUAAAACUAUAAAAUCUU